AUGUGUGCACCGGAAACGGUUACCAUAGCUACGUCUCCCCCUCUCUCUCUCUCUUUCUCUAACUCUCACUUUCUCGCUGUCUCGCUGCCUCGCUGCCUCGCCCUAUAUGAGAUAUUUUCAUAUCUAUCUAUCUAUCUAUCUCUUUAUCUAUCUAUCUAUCUAUCUAUCUAUUUCUGUCUUAUUAUCUGUCUAAUCUUUUCAUAUCUAUUUAUCUAUCUAUAUCUGGUCAUGUUUAUCUCGCAGUAUGUUGCAAUCUAUCUAUCUAUCUAUCUAUCUAUCUAUCUAUCUAUGAUCAUGUUUAUCUCACAGUAUGUUCCAAUCUAUCUAUCUAUUUCUGAAUAUAUUUAUGCCGCAGUCUGUUCUUAUCAAUCUAUUUAUCUAUCCUAUCUAUUGAUCUCACACUAUUCACAUCUAUCUCGCAGUCUGUUCAUCUCUACCUUAUCCAUCGUUCUAUGUGUUUCUAUCUAUCUAUCUAUCUAUCUAUCUAUCUUAUCUAUCUAUCUAUGUAUCUAUCUUAUCUAUCUAUCUAUGUUCAUAUCUAUAUCUGUCCAUCUCUCUCACUCUCUCUCUCUCUUUUUCUCUCUCUCUACCUAUCUACCUAUCUAUAUUACUCUGUACACAUCUCGCUAUCAUUAG